AUGGGGAGAGAAAUUGUCAUAGGUUUAGUUGGGAAACCAUCAAGUGGGAAAUCGACCACUUUAAACUCAUUAACUGAUGCAAAUGCCAAAUGUGGAGCAUUCCCUUUCACAACUAUAGAUCCAAAUAAAGCUACUGGGUAUCUUGAAAUUGAUUGUGCCUGUGCAAGAUUCAAUAAACAAGAUAAAUGUAAACCAAACUAUGGGUAUUGUAGAAACGGUAAACGUGGUGUCCCAAUAAUGUUAUUAGAUGUUGCUGGUUUAGUUCCUAAUGCACAUUUGGGUAGAGGAUUAGGUAAUAAAUUCUUGAGUGAUCUAACUGAAGCUGAUUGUUUAAUUCAUAUUAUCGAUGCUAGUGGUACUACUGAUGCUGAAGGUAAAGCAACUAGAGGAUAUGAUCCAUUACAAGAUAUUGAAUGGUUACAAGAUGAAAUCUUUCAAUGGAUUUUGGGUAAUUUACAAGAGAGAUGGAAAACUGUUGUGAAAAGACAUAUUGCUACCAAAUCUUCUACAUUGGAAACUUUGAGACAACAAUUGGGUGGGUAUGUUGCCAACAAGAAGUUAAUUGGGGAUGCGUUAGAUUUAAUACCUGAUUUACCACCUUUACAAGAUUGGGACGAUGAAAUGCUAGGAAAAGUUGUUAGAACUUUUAUGGAAGUCAAAUUCCCAACUGUUUUGGCAUUAAAUAAAAUGGACCAUCCUGAUGCUGAUAAGAAUGUUUCUAAAAUCAUAUUGAAAUAUCCAAAACUGAAAGCUGUGCUAACUUCUUCAAUCACUGAAGUUUUUCUCAGGAAACUUGCUGCACAACAUUAUAUUAAAUAUGAUCUGGGAACAGAAUUUAUUGAUACUAAAGAUGAUUUACCAGAUGAUCCAGAUUUAAAAGAAUUAGAUGACAAAUUGAGAAAUAGAAUUGAAAAUAUCCGUGAUUUGGUAUUAUAUAGAUUUGGAUCCACUGGUGUUGUUCAAUUAUUACAAGCCGCUGCUGAUCUUUUGAACUUGGUUCCUGUUUAUCCAGUAAGAAACAUUCAUAAUUUUACUGGUGGCUCAGGGGAUUUCAUUUUCAGAGAUUGUUUAUUAGUUAAAAGAGGUACCCCAGUAGCAGCAAUUGCAAAGAAGAUUAUGGGUGAUGUGACCAUUGCUGCUGUUGAAGGUGUUGGUGGUAUUAGAAUUAGUGAAGAUGAUACUGUUGACAUCGGAAAGAAUGACAUCAUUUCAUUUAAGGUCGUCCCAGGUGGUCAUAAUAAAUAG